AUGCUUUUUCUAUUCUUUCAAUCCAUAAAUUUCUUCUUUUCUUUCUUUCAACACUUGGAUUCUUUUUCUUUUCUUUCAAUCCAUAAAUUUUUUCUCUUUCUUUCAACCCUUGGAUUAUUUUUUCUUCAUUCAAUCCAUAAAUUUCUUCUUAAAUUUCUUCUCUUUUUUCAAAGCUUGGAUUCUUUUUCUCUUCAUUCAAUCCAGAAAUUUCUUCUUCUCUUUCUUUCAACCGUUGGAUUCUUUUUCUCUUCAUUCAAUCCAGAAAUUUCUUCUCUUUUUUUCAAAGCUUGGAUUCUUUUUCUCUUCAUUAAAUCCAUAAAUUUCUUCUUCUCUUCUUUUCAACCCUUGGAUUAUUUUUGCUCUUCAUUUCAAUCCUUAAAUUUCUUCUUCCCUUUCUUUCAAUACUUGGAUUAUUUUUUGCUCUUCAUUUCAAUCCUUAAAUUUCUUCUUCCCUUUCUUUCAAUACUUGGAUUAUUUUUGCUCUUCAUUUCAAUCCUUAAAUUUCUUCUUCCCUUUCUUUCAAUACUUGGAUUCCUUUUCUCUUCUUUCAAUCCAGAAAUUUCUUCUUCCCUUUCUUUCAAUACUUGGAUUCCUUUUCUCUUAUUUCAAUCCAGAAAUUUCUUAUUCUCUAUCUUUCAACCCUUGGUUUCUUUUUCUCUUUUUUCAAUCUAUAAAUUAUUUCUUCUCUUUGUUUCUAUACAUAAAUUCUCUCUUCUCGUUCUUUCAAUCCAUAAUUUUUUUGUUUUCAUUCUUUCAAUCCAUAAAUUCUUUCUUAUAGUCUUUAUUCUCUUUCAUUCAAUGCAUAAAUUAUUUAUCCUUUUCUUUCAAUUCAUAAAUUCGUUCUUCUCUUUCUUCCAAUCCAUAAAUUUAUUCCCCUUCCUCUUUCUUUCUAUACAUACAUUUCUCCUUCUUUCUUUCAAUCCAAGAAUAUUUCCCCUUCUUUCUUUCGAUCUAUAA